AUGCAUUCCAAGACCACCAUUCUCCGGCCAGAUGGCAUCCAGACCAACACCCUGGGUAGCCUACGGCUACGACACCAGGAAACAAAUGAAAUUAUCCUGGUGCCAACCCCAUCGAAAGAUCCCAAUGAUCCCUUGAACUGGUCGCGGGCCUUCCGAUAUUAUAUUGCGGUUGUUGUAUGCCUGGCUGUCUUUUUCUGCAACUUCCUUGCAGCAGGGCCCACGGUGGCGAUCGUCGAGACGACCAUUGACUUCAUGGGUCCAAUGGGACCGGAUUUCAAUGCCCACAUCUCAAAAGUGGCCUUUUUCUAUAGCUCCACCGCUCUCUGUCAGGGAGUCGGAAUGCUAUUCUGGAUGCCAUUAAUCGUCAAGUACGGCCGUCGACCGAUCUACGUGAUCUCCUUCAUCAUCUACUUCGCAACGGGUCUGUGGUCUGGGUUUGCGAAAACAUAUGGGGUGGAACUUGCCGGACGUAUUAUUAUGGGAUUCGCAGCGGGUGCUGGAGAGUGCCUUGGACCUUUGACUAUUGCUAAUAUAUUCUUCCUCCACGAACGUGGCGCGGUCAUGGCAACGUAUACCGCGGCUUUGUCAAUGGGGGUCGCGGGGGGAAUCAUCAUCGAUGGCCUCAUUACGAUCACUCACAGUUGGCAGUACAUCUAUUGGGUUGCCUCUGCACUCAUUGGCGCCGUGACCAUCUUGGUGAUUUUCACAUUCCCCGAGACAACAUUUGAUCGCCAGGUUGAGCAGCAGGAGGAGACGGCACUCAGCGAAGAAAUUCAAGUGAAAGCGGGCUCCCGAAAGUCAUCUGCUUCGGCACACCAUGAGUCCGCAGCGCUCGACGGAAUUCCUACCAAAGAAAGCUAUAUUAGUUCCUUACGCUUGUUCACUGGAACGUACACUUCCGAGUCGCUAUUUCGAAUUUUCCUGCGCCCGAUUGUUCUGAUCAUCUUGCCCCCUGUCCUGUGGACAUCACUGGUCUUUUCAGUGACUAUCGGAUUCCUUGUAGCCAUUACGUCCAACUUUGCGACUGCCUUCUCAGAGGUGUAUAAUUUCUCUUCAUGGCAAUCUGGUCUGUGCUUUGUGUCCAGCAUGGUGGGCUCACUCAUUGGAAUCGUAUUUGGUGGCCAUAUCUCCGACUGGACCGCUGACUGGUUCACACAAAGAAAUGGGGGCAUCCGAGAACCGGAGAUGCGUCUACCCUCUCUGGCCAUCGGAGGAAUAUUUGCGCCGGUGUCUUUGAUCCUGUAUGGGGUUGGCGUGAACAACCAUCUUCAUUGGAUGGUUCCGACCUUAGGCCUUGGAUUGCUGAAUUUUGCCAUUGUCCAGGCUACUAAUGUGGCUAUGGUCUAUGUGAUUGACUGCUACAGACCCGCUGUCGGCGAAGUCACCGUGUCUAUCUUAGCAUUCAAAGCUGCCUUUGGGUUUCUGUUGUCUUUCUACACCAACCCGUGGAUUGACCUCGAGGGAUACACGAAAGCAUUUGGGGAAAUGGCCUGUAUCUCGGGUGUGUUUAUGGUUCUGGUUGUGAUUUUUUAUGUCUGGGGCAAGCCAAUUCGUCACAACACUUGGAAGUGGCGAGUUAUGGAGAAGUAUGGCCAAUGGGAUGCUGAUCGUGAAGUCGGUGAAUAA